AUGACGGGACAUGAAUUUACGUUAGAGUUACUUCACCGUAAUCCUCUACAAUGUCUUGAAGUGCUACGCUUGUCCCGUGAAUCAUUUGUCCGACUAUGUGCUCAUUUUAGAGUAAACUACGUGUUAAAGGAUAGCAAACAUGUGUCGGUUGAGGAGAAGAUGGUUUUGUUUUUGAUGAUGAUCGGUCAUAACCAACGUUAUGUGAUUAUCAAGCGGAGAUUUCAAUACUCAAAGCAAACAAUUCAUAAGAGGCUACGACGGGUGUUCAAGGGAGCAGUUGGUGCACUUGAUGGCACUUUGAUACAUGUUGUUGUCCCUACAAACAAACAUGAUUUAUAUAGAAGUAGUGGAAAAGGCGAAUGUUACCAAAACGUAUUGGCAAUAUGUGACUUCAACAUGUUGUUUACGUUUGUUGUGGCCGGUUGGGAAGGGAUAGCACACGAUUCUAGAAUUUUAUCAGAAGCAUUAACAAAUCCACAUGCACCAUUCCCGCUUCCACCACCAGAUAAAUAUUAUCUUUGUGAUGUCGCCUAUGCGAACAUUCGACGUUUUAUGGCAUCGUACCGUAAUGUAAGGUAUUGGCUUGGAGAUUUCCGUCGAAGACGUGCUUUAACGAAUAAAGAAAAAUUUAACCAUGCGCACGCAAAACUUCGGAAUGUCAUUGAGCGUGCUUGGUGUCUUGGAAGCACGAUUCCCUAUACUGAAGAGGAUGGAACCAUUCUCAAUAACAAUGCAGUCGUUGAUAAUGAUGAAGAUGAGAUUCCAACACAUGGUACUGCAGCGGAUCGUGAAUAUAUGACCCAGUUAUGGGAUGAAAUUGCCGAACAAUUGAUGCAAAAUAUGGAAUGA